CCUCCGGAGGCCCGCGGCGUGUCCCUGCUCGGCCCGUUAACAUGGAGAGUCCGGGCCACAGCAACAGACCAGGUGGUUGGAUUCGGCUUGGUUGCCUUCAGCCUCGUCCUCUUUGUUUACUACACGCUCUGGAUCAUCAUACUGCCCUUCAUCGACAGCGACCAUGGGAUCCACCGGUACUUCUUGCCUAGGGAGUAUGCGGUUAUCAUCCCCGUGGUGGCUGGGCUGCUGCUGCUGCUAUUUAUAGGUGUUUUUAUAAUGGUCGUGAUGUGGAAGAGCAGGAAACCUGCCAAGAAAUCGGACUGAAGGCCCAGCUGAGAGAGAUGAGGAGAAGGCACCCACUCUACAGCAUCGUAGCCAGGAGAAGACUUUGCCCGCAGCACUGGGUGGACGCCUCCUCCAGAGCGCUCAGCACCAAGCUGGGUGUACUCUCCCACGUUCCUUCCUGCAGAGACAAAGCCUUCUGUAGUUUACAACGUACUGACCAAAGGGAAGCAAAACUGACUUCUGGGGCUCAUCGAGAGAGGGACCAGAGCCCCGGCCAUGAGGGACCUGCUCCCCAGCUGGGGCUGCCUGUACCAGCUGUGCUUCGGCCCGUGCUGGCUAGAGGAGCUGUUGGGGUCCAGCAGCUCUAACUGCCAGAGGGCGAGUCAAGCCCUGACCCCUGCCCGCUGCUUAGUCUCUGGGUAAUCCUUCCCCUCUGCUCUUGCUGUGUCCAGUAGUUUGUUCCUUCUGGGGUUUUUUAAAUGUUUACAUACGGUUUGUGGGUGGUUUUCUAAUUGGAUUCAAGUUUGAGAGGAAAGAAAUGAGACUUUGGGCUUGGAAAAGACAGGCUUCCAUUCCCCGUUUGCCUGCUGGAAGGGCUAAUCAUGGUGCUGGUGGGCUCCUACCUUUCUGAAGAGGGACCCCCGUGAGGCCGGGUGUGCAGAGGAUGCGGGCACAGUGCCACUGCUGCCCUCUGCAUCCCCUCCUGCACUCAUCCAGCUGAGGGGGUGGCGAGGAGAUGCCCGGGGUCACAAGGCAGUGGUUGGGGUGCGGUUCCCAUCACAGCUGUCAGCCACUGACUGGGUUCCUGCCCCUGGACAAGGCUCUGCAUGCCAGCUGGGCUGGGGCUGAGCAGGCAGGCGUGGUGGCACCCUGCCUUUCCCCCUGGGGUUUCCUCUCCUGGCAGCAGCUGCCGACCCGAGGUGCAGUGCCCUGGCAGCUCCCCCAGACCGCAACAAGCGGGAUCACCCUCAAUAAAGGUCCGCAAGUUCGCUAUUCCUGUCCUGCGCCCGUGCCGGGGGGGUGCCACCGGCCUGCCGGCGUGGUUUCCGCUGCGUGGCCCUGGCAGUGCCUGACACCGUGCUGGGGAGGGUCCUGCCGAGGGCCCUGUCCUGCCGGUGGGGCCAGGCUGGGAAGCACCAGAGAGAACCUGGCCGGGCAUACCCAGCCUUGUGCUGGCUCUGCCGUGCUGGGGGGCUGCUUUACCCCACCUGGGGUGGCUCCAGCAAAAGGAGGGCGGAUUUGGGGCACUCUGAUCCUUCUCGCAUGUACUAUGAACUUCCCCUACCAGACAGCAGCGUGUCCUGUCGUCUC